AUGUCGGAAGAGCUGGCCGCGCCCCAGGAGAGCCCGCGGGCGCCGCGGACGGGCCCCCGCGAGGUGUGGAAGAAGGGCGGCCGCCUGCUGUCGGUGCUGCUGGCCGUGAACGUGCUGCUCCUCGCCUGCACGCUCGUCAGCGGCGGCGCCUUCAACAAGGUGGCCGUGUACGACACCGACGUGUUCGCGCUGCUCACCACCAUGAUGCUGCUGGCCGCGCUCUGGAUCGGCUUCUACCUGCUCCGCACCGCGCGCUGCGCCGACGCCGUGCCCUAUCGGGACGCGCACGCGGGCCCCAUCUGGCUCCGAGGUGGGCUGGUGCUGUUUGGGGUCUGCACCCUGGUCAUGGAUGUCUUCAAGACGGGCUACAACUCCAGUUUCUUCGAGUGCCAGUCGGCCAUCAAGAUUCUGCACCCUCUCACCCAGGCUGUGUUUGUCGUCCUCCAGACUUACUUCCUCUGGGUCUCUGCUAAGGACUGUGUUCACGUCCACCUGGAUCUGACCCGGUGUGGCCUCAUGUUCACACUCACCACCAACCUGGCCAACUGGAUGGCGGCCGUGGUGGAUGAAUCCGUGCACCAGGCCUACUCCCACAGCAACGCCAGCCACGCCCGCCUGGCUGCCGACCAGCGUGUGGGCAGCCAGGCUGGAGGCGACUGCGCCUGCGCCACGACCGUCUGCCAGAUCUUCGAGCGGGGCUACUUCUACCUGUACCCCUUCAACAUCGAGUACAGCCUCUUCGCUUCCACCAUGCUCUACGUCAUGUGGAAGAACGUGGGCAGGCUGCUGGCCUCCUCCACCCACGGCCACGGCCACACCCCAUCCCGGGGCAGCCUCUUCCGGGAGACAUUCUUUGUGGGCCCAGUCCUGGGCCUGAUGCUCCUCCUGGUGGGGCUGGCCGUCUUCGUCAUCUAUGAGGUCCAAGUGAGUGGGGACGGGGACCACACCCAGCAGGCCCUGGUCAUCUACUACAGCUUCAACAUCGCCUGCCUGGGGCUCAUGACCUUGGUCAGCCUGAGCGGCUCGGUCAUCUACCGUUUUGACCGCCGGGCCAUGGACCACCAUAAGAACCCCACACGCACCCUGGACGUGGCCCUGCUGAUGGGCGCCGCCCUGGGCCAGUACGCCAUCUCCUAUUACUCUAUCGUCGCCGUGGUGGUGGGCGUGCCCAGGGACACGCUGGGGGCGCUCAACCUCGCCCACGCGCUGCUCAUGAUUGCCCAGCACACCUUCCAGAACGUGUUUAUCAUUGAGAGCCUCCACCGGGGCCCGCCAGGGGCUGAGCCCCACGACGCCCCUCCCAAGGAACCCUGCCUUACCUUCGCCAACCCGGACGCCCUCCACACUUUGCCAACCUGCCCACCCACCCCCAGGUCGGUGAGCCCCAGCCUGGUGGGCCCUCAGGAAGCCACGGCCAUCUUCCUGGCCCCCCGGGCCCACUGGAGACGCCGAUGCCUGAAGGACAUUUCUCUGUUUCUUCUGCUCUGCAACAUCAUC